AGCACGAUGUUAGAGCAUCUCAGGUGGGGACACUGUUCACCGGCAGACUUCAGCAAAGUGGAUACGUACAUCAAGUCUUCACCCUCCUCCUUAGUCAAAAACUUCUGGCUGGUCUGGGGACAUGAACAACUGGCCCUGAAAAUAUUUCCUGUUGCUAAAGUUGCACGUGAGCCUCGAUGUUUCCAGUUGUCCAAUCACAACUCAACGGCAGUUCUCAGCGACAGCAGGGUGUCUGUUGCACAUGUAUCAAUAAAGGAAGGUCUGAAAAACAUAAUAGAUAGCCUUAAGCAACAGGAGCCUCAUGGUCAAACAGGUAUGAAUGAGGGUGAUGAGAAAUGUGCGCAAUGUUCCUGCUGCGCUUAUGUACAUUCUACAUCUUCGCCGUCAGCGACAUCACCAUCACAAAACAAGUCAGAGCGGGGAAAUUCGGCAUUUCACCGACCGCGUGCUACAAGGAAAGUCCGACAGUCCACUACCCCAUACAGCGAUGCCUUGAAAGCUGUGGCUGUUUCACCCUACAGACAGGAAAGCUGCAAAAAGUUCAUAGCUUACGAGCAAAAAGAGUCUGUUUUCGGCAGCAUGAAUAGAGGGAACUCGGUGUUGGACAGAAGGUCCUGUUAUCCACAGAAAAUGCCACACCUUCACAGUCUGUAUUGUGAUUUCUUCGGAACUAAAGUUAACACAGCCUCCUCUUCCGCAGAGCCAUCAAGUACAACUUCACUCUGA